CAGAGAAACAGAAAAAGGAGAGAAGAUGAAGCUGAACGCCUGAACUGAACGGCACCCGGAUCGAACUCGAGAUCCGGACCAACGAACGCACCGGCGGUCUCAUCCAACGGCAGAAGAUGCCUCCACACCAAAGUCGUCUCCUGGUCACCUCGGUCGCUCACGGCACUCUCCUCCUUCUCCUCCUUGCCGGCGCCGGCGCCGCCUCGCCACCGCUUGUCGGCGUUUCUCCCCAUGACGAGGCGUACUUCGCGCCGCAGGUGAUCGCCUGCAGGGACGGCUCAGGCUCAUUCCCCAAGAGCCGGCUCAACGACGGGUACUGCGAUUGCGCCGAUGGAACCGACGAGCCAGGUACUUCGGCUUGCCCGGAAGGCAAAUUUUACUGUACAAAUAGUGGAGACGAUCCUCGUCUCCUGUUCUCUUCGUUUGUGAAUGAUAACAUAUGCGAUUGUUGUGAUGGAAGUGAUGAGUAUGAAAGUGGUGUCCAUUGUUCGAACACAUGUAAAAAUAGCCAUGCUACUGCUGAGGUGGACAAUGGUGUUAGCGAGCUGUCAGUAACACAUUUAGAUGGUACAAAUGUAAUUACUAGUAAACAUACACUGGACAUAGAAGAUCUUAUCCAGAAGCUAAGAGGAUUAAGAAUGGCUGCAGUCAUUGAACUGGGUCUUGUUGUAGGUAUUUUUGUUUUCUGCUUUGCUCGACGGAACACUCGUACAAGGAGGAGACAGCAUAUUUUGAAACGUUAGCUAAGCAGUUAAUUAAAGACGGGAGAUUGGAUGUACAUGUGUAAGCUUUAAGCUACUAAGGAUGAUUGAGAACGGGGAGAUGGGAAGAAGGCAUUUACCAAGGUCUCCAUGCAUAAUUAGACGGCACAUCUGCUGUUUUAGAAAACUAUGCUACGAAAGCUGCGACUUGUUGCUCUUCCUAGCACUUAUUGUUGCUACCUUGCCAGUCCACCAGGACAACGGACCUCCUGUAGUAUGAGUUUCUGAGCUGGAGUCCAUGCAUUAUUUUUUCGCCCGCCUUUCUGCCGGUUUACAAGCGAAGAACUCCAGAUCAAUGCUUGGGGUGUAGAUUAAGUUCUACUUUGUUGGUCUUUAUUUGGUGGUGGCGUGCUGAGGGUGGAGUCGGAGUUUUUCGCAAUCACAACCUGGUGUAGCAACGGCAGCCUGACACAGGGGAGACACUGCUAGUUGCUUGUUGUGGGAGGAUGACGCUGCUAGGGAGGAAGUGACUGAACUAGUAAUAUGAACAAUCUGAAUCCUCUCUUCAAUUGAUGUAACUAGUACCUUGUAUCUGUCUAUGUAACAUGAUGCUGGUCUUUGAUGUAAUGUUGGCGGCACUAAUAAAAAACAAUCAAAGCCGAGGCUGUUGGCUUUCG